AUGAUAAAAAGACCGUCGAAAAAAGACAGUGAAAAUGAAAUACUACGCAUGCAGCAGGAGUUUUAUGCGGAGCAAAACCGGGACGUGAAUUUUCAACCAGCGGCCAAAGUUGUUCGAAUGCAACGGGAUGGUAACACAUCCGAGCAACCUUCUGGAGCGGUCCGGCAAUCCGUGUUCGCCAAAGGACGUGCUCAGCGGCACGCUGAACUCACUGUCCCUCCGGUGCAUGUCGACGAUGAGGAAACGAAAAAAGGCACCAUUCCCAAACCAGAAGACAGCUCACCAGAGUCUUUCGUUAUGGGAGAAAUUGUUGAGCGGGAACCGGUGGAAUCGUUUCAGGUGAAGGAAGCGAAGAUUGAUGGUUCUUUUCCGAAAACGAUGCACAUUUCAACGUACCCAGCUUCUUCGAGUGCGGAUAGACCGAAGAAAAGUUUAUUUGCUCAAAUGCUAAAGAAAGAAGGCUCCGAUCCAGACGUCACCGCUGGAGGUUCAAUUCGAUAUGAAACAGCUCACGGUAGCACGCUGCUCGAAGGCUGGGAUGCAAGGGAAAUACACAACGAAAACAAGCAGAAGCUACAAAAGAUGUCCGAGGAAGAGAUUCGCCGUGAAAGGGAUCUUUUGCUGAGCACUCUCGAUCCCCAGUUGGUGAAUUUCCUGAAAUCUCGCAAGAAACAAACCACCAUUUCUGAGCCGUCUUCUGCUGUGGCGUGUUCGGGGGUUGAAGAGAAGCCACCAGCUAACCUCGAUAGCCUUGCGGCCGGAAUGGAGGUGCUUAAAGAGGAAGGUUCCGACCAGUGGAUCAACUUUGAUGUGCUGGAAACGGAAAAGCUCGAAUGGACGAAGGAUGUCGAGCGAAGUGUGAAGCAACUGAAACCGGGCGAAUCGUAUGAAGCUCGGUUCAAUUGGAAAGGCAUACUCCAACCCUACGUCGUCGAACCAGCGGCAGUGGGUGCGACGGAUGACCGAGAACUGUAUCUGCAUGGCGAUGAUGCGCAGCGGCCGGGUUAUACGCUCCAGGAACUGUUCCGUUUGGCUCGCUCAAACGUACUGCAACAGCGCAUAUCCGCUAUCGGGGCCAUCGCUGGCCUGCUGAAUAUCUUAAACCAAGGCUUCUACGACGGUGUCUUGGAGUUGCCCGUCUCGAAAGUUUUCUUUUUUCUACGAUUUGCGCUCGAUGAAAACACACCAUCGGUCGUAGAGGUUGCUUCUCGGGCAUUGGCCAGCCUUUUCUACAACGAAACGGAUGAAAUUCUGCUAGAUACGAUCUACGACUCCGAGUAUGGUAUGAUUCAACCGGAACUGGCCCUUAAUAUUACCCACAGCUCUGAGGAAGACCGGCAACGGAAACAAGCAGAACUGAGCAAUGAUUUUAGCGCCAUGCGCUUGGGGGAUUCUGCUAACGAUCGGAUUCAACGGGGCGGACGGUUUAAGGCGUACCUUCCCGAUGACGAUCCGGAUGAUGUGCACAACCGCGAGACGAUGAAUGAUUUCCAUCUGGCCGAGACGGAUCUCGUCGAAUGUUUGAUUCGCACCAACAUUCUAGAGCGCAUCCGGUACAUUCUAUUUACCAUGCAACCGGAAGGUGCCACGGUGAUCAACUGCGUCAAGCUGCUAAUUCGUGUGGCGCGCACAAGUGAAGUGAUGGCGUUGAAAAUCGCCACCAACGAACCGCUCAUCGGUGGACUAGUGAAGCAGUACCUGACGUCGCUCGAUGGCAGUGAUCACCAGCCGCAAGCUGUGAUACUUAAAUUAAUGCGACUUCUCUGUAGCUAUCGUGGCCAGCCGUACGAACGGUACCUGCGUCGGUUUCAUGUGGUUAAUUUGGUGAAACGCUACAUUUUCAGCAGAAAGGAUAUCGAUAUAAAAAUGAUCCAGAUCCAGAUCGAAUCGUUCCGGUUUUUGCGUCUGCUCCAGCAAGGCAAUCCGGACGACGAGUUGUACAGCGAGCUGUGGCCGGCCUUAUGUUACCUGCUCGAGUGGCACUAUCAGCAUCUCAUUUUCGAUGAAAGCGGUGCAUUCGUCAUCCGGCAGCACGGUGUCAGCUUGUUAGCCCUAAUUGGUUCCGGAUUGCAGCGCGAAGCUUUCUCGACCACCGGCACGAACCUGGACAUCGUCCGCGCUCGACACCAGCAACUGUGUGAAAAACUGUUCCACUGCUUCUCGAAGUGGUUUACUGUUGCCCUGAGGAGCGGAGCUAACGAAUUCUCGCAAAAACUGCUCCUGGCCGGAUGCCUUUGGACGGCCGCCAAAGCUCGCAGGCUGGCCGGAGCCACCGCGUACUGUGAGUUCUUCGAGCGCUUCCUUCUCCCGUUCGUGCGAAGUGACCGAUUUGAGAAAAUUACUCGAACGUUAAGCGUGGACUCUCUCAUCCUGGUGAACCGUACAAAUAUCGUCGGCGUUCCGGCGCUACCGACGCUUGGUGCCGUUCAGCUACGCAAACAUCAAACCGUCCCAUCACUGAUCGUUACGCGAACCUAUCCGAUAUUGUUUCUACACGCACUGCUGCAUCUACUGAGCGACCAGUCGGAUGUCGAAUCACUGCCGACCGCUGUGACCACUGAAAUGCGAAAACACGUUUUGGGCAACGCUUCGCACGUGCAGUACCUCGAACAGUUGGCGGCAAUCGCCAGCAGGAUUCCAUCAAAACCGUCGAAAACCGGUGCUGACGCUGAUGGUGGCCAUUGCAACUGGUUUCGUCAGACCAUCGAACAGCGUUACGUACUACAGCUGCUACAGUUGAUGACGCGCGAGAUACUAGAACCUAGUGCUGUUGACCACCGUAGAACGAUUAGAGGAACGUUGCUUCGACUGGCUUUCACCGUUACGUUUACCCUCAGCGAGGCAUUCUAUUCCGAGUUAGUGCAUCUUUUCGAUGGAAUCAUUUUCGCCAGUGCUUUCUACUGCAACGAAAUGGAGAAAUUGCCUCCAUCGCUGUCUAAUGCGGACCUGCAACGGUGGAAGCUGAGCUACAAGCUAGUGGCGCAAAGAGCGAUGAAGAAUGCGGUUAGUUUCUCGUUUCUAAAUUGCGGUGAUGGCUUUACCGUGGCGGAGUGGAAGUCACCACUAUUGGCACGCAGCUGGCCCUACAGUCCCCUCUAUCUGUUGGUAGAACGACUGGAGCAAGGCGCUACCGUUCGUCCGGAUCAUCUAAACGAAACGACCAUUAUUGAUACGGCGUUGCGCUUUUCUGAGCUCGCCGAAGCGAAUGGUAUCAUCGUUGGCAGUGUAACCGAGCGCCUAAUGUACCUUAUGGCGGCCUUUCUCGGUCCGGACUCGAAGUUUCUUCAACCCGACCUAUCGGCACUGAUUGAGCGACGCAUCGUGGCGUUACGUGCCGCCGCACAGACCGUAACCGCUGGUCGUGCGUUUGACUUCGAGACCGCCAAGAUGGAAGGCAAGAAAAGCUACUACGGCCUGUAUCAGCUGGCGCUGGAUAUCUUCCAGAGCUCCAGCUAUGGUCACGCCGGGUUCGGCAGUCUGUUGAUGGCACCACUGGCGCAGAAGUACGACGUUCGGUGGAGGAAUUUAGUCUGGUCAGAGUACGUCGCAGUGUUGCGCUUCAUCACGUGCAGCAGUCUAGAGCUCUUUGACCCGUUGGCGGAGUACCUUCGACCGGGGGAAACGGAUAUCGUGCUGUUACGUUCCUAUGCUCAAGCGUUGACCUCCAAUCAGCUCCGUCCUGGAUCGAUACCGCAUCUGGUGGCCAAUCAUCACGUGGAGGCGUUCCACUGCCGAUUCAGGAUUAAUCAGGUCCCGCCGGAGGAUGAUAAUGCAUCGUCGUGA